AUGAGGAAUGUUGGCCUUCUCAAGGCCAUUCUAGCUCUCUUGACACGCCAUCUAUCGCUAAACCAUUACCUCACGGAUGGUAUCGUGUACCGUCGUAGCGAAGCUUUGCGUUACUAUCAUACCACUCUCAAAUAUAUCCAUAAGGCGAUGCAAUAUGACGAUUACAAUACAAGCGAUGAACUACUUGCUACAGCGCUCAUUAUCUCUGCUUAUGAAAUGCUCAACAGUGGACAGCAAGAUUGGGAGCGACAUCUACAAGGUAUCUUCGGCAUUCGACGCUCACAAAUCAUCCACGGAGAUUCCGGAGGACUCCGCGGUGCCACUUGGUGGGCAUGGCUGUCUCAGGACUCGUGGGCUGCAUUUCGCGACAAACGGAAGCCAUUCACCUUCUGGCUUCCCCAAAGAGUGGAUUUCAAACAAAUGGAUUCUUGGGAUCUCGCUGCGAGGUCACAGUUUCUGUUCGCCAGGGCAGUGGGCUAUAGCGCUCAGAGGUUGGGUAACGACACAGCAGAUCAUUUUUGCGCGAAGAUGGAUGAAGCAAAUGUUUUGCAUGCCCAACUCGAUUCUUGGAAGGAUAGCCUUCCUAUAGAGUUCGACUCCCUUCCACACACCGUGAACGAUGAAGGUGCCAACUUCAAAACAAUUUUGAUCCAUCCACCCGCUUUCGCCGUUUCUGUACAACUCCACUAUGCAUCGAGAAUUCUUCUCAGUCUUCAUCGACCUCUUCUUAGGGGAGUCAACGUCUUUCUUGAUCAACAACGGCUGCUAAGGGACUGUAUUGCCCAGAUUUGCGGUAUUACAAGAGCCCUAACCGAUGCAGCAUCCAGUAUUCUUAGCUUUCAAUAUUUAUUUAUUUAUUGCGGGAACAUGUGUCGACAAUAUCCAACACAGGGAGGAGAUAGCUAUGCUCAUACAAAUGUGUCGAGCUCGAGUCGGCUGGCCAGUAAAGUCAUUGGAAGAAGAAUUACAUAG